AUGGAUUUGUCAUACUUCAACGAGUUUGAUGAUAUAAACGCGAUCAAUGAAGAGGACGAAAUCAAUUACCAUCAAACUGCAUCAGUCGAGGAUGAUUUUAUGUCUAGUGAUGAUGAUUAUUGUUCGACUGAUGAUGAUAAUACCGCAUUUGGGAAAGUCGACAUCAUGGCUGAACACAAUCUACGAGAUUUCCCACAAGUUGAAAAUAUUGAUCAAUCCAUUCAAGUUCCUGAUGUUACAGACAUUGAUCAAUACUUGGUAAUAGCUGGUAAAUCGUAUUGGAUUCCUUAUGUCCCUAAUGAUCUCAAGCCAAUAAUAAACCAUAAAUACCCAUCUGAUGAUGCAAUUGAAGACAUGUACAGAAGAUAUGCAUAUGCAGCAAGUUUUGAUGUUAGAAAGUCAACAAACAAAAAAAAGCGUGGUAUGGUCUACAUGAAAUAUCUGCUAUGUAACAAGGAAGGUUUUCCAAAUACAUCUCUUGUUGAUACUUUGGACCCAAAAACAAGUAAAAUUAAGAGAAGGGUUGACACUAGUAGGACCGGAUGCAAGGCACGUAUACGUUUUAAAAUUUUUCUUGGAACUACAAACUGGUUGUUAUAUGAAUUUGAAGAAAAACACAAUCAUCCACUUAUACCAAGGGACCAUAUGUUGUUUUCACGUCAUCAUAGGCAGCUGGAUGACACUCAAAAAUCUUUCAUUCUUACAAUGUCUACUCAGAAUAUUGGUGCAACCAUAGCUCACUGGCUGUAUACAAGUAUUCUUGGUGGAUACAAUUUUGUAGGCGGUCUAAUUGACGACUUCAAAAAUUACAGGAGGGAUCUCAAUUGCUUUAUAGGUGGUAGUGAUGCUCAGAUGCUAGUGGACAAGCUGAAUAACAGAAAAGAAAAUGUUAAGAAUUUUUCUUUUGAGUAUCGAGUUGAGAAUAAGCAGUUGAAUGCUCUUUUUUGGGCAGAUGAAACAUCCAAGAUAAAUUAUAAAGAGUUUGGUGAUGUAGUUUCUUUCGAUGCUACUUUCCGAACUAACAGGUACCAUAUGGUUUUUGUCCCAUUUACUGGAAUUGAUAAUCACAAGAGGUGUGUCACUUUUGGUGCUGGCUUGUUGAGCAGAGAAGACACUGAUUCCUAUAUAUGGUUGUUGAAAUCUUUUCUUAAAGCUUUUGGCAAACAACCUUUGUUGGUUUUAUCCGACCAAGACCCUGCAAUGAAGAAAGCCAUCGAAACUGUUUUCCCACAAUCGAUUCAUAGGCUUUGCAUGUGGCAUAUCACAUCUAAAUUGCCACUGAAGGUUUCUUUGAACAUUGUCAACAAUCCAGAGUUUCCUAAAAAGUUCAACUUCUUGAUAUAG